AUGUCAAGUCCCAAGAGACCCAAGCAGCAACGCGUGUCGAGUGAGGCGCCAAAGCACCCACAGUACCAAACUUACAGCUCACGACUUGAAUCAUUUGUCAACUGGCCUGCACGGUACGUCCCGAAAACACCCGAGCAGUUGGCAACAGCCGGGUUCUUCUACAUCGGGUCAGCUGACCGGGUCAGGUGUUUCCAGUGCGGGAUAACUCUGAGAGACUGGGAGGAAGAACAUGACCCUGUGGCCGAACAUGAGAGAUACUCGGAACACUGUCAGUUUAUUAAGAAAACGGAACACAUUACAGAUGACCCGAAUAACAACCAGUCAUGUUUUAGCCUUAUCACUCAACUUAACUUCAUCGCAAACAAGAUUUUCAACACUGACAACACUGUGGCAGCGAAAGAUGUCUCAAACUUAGAGGUGAAGGUUUCACGAAUAACACGACCAGGCGAAGACAGUGCUACUUUCCUUAAGACCACUGACAAAUAUCAAGAUGAUAACAUUAAUGUCAUCUCCCAGUAA